UUUCGGUCAGACAGGCAGAGUUGCUACCGGAGUGAUGAGGAUGGAUCUGAUUACCUUACGUACCGAACAAGACUACUAUAUAACAGAUUACGAGCCCAUAGCACUCUCCGCGUCUUCAUCUUGCCCAUCUAUCUCUUUGGCUUUGCAUCAGUAACAACUAUUGUCCUACGCACACGUUCGUAAAUUCAAUACACCAAGUCCAUCAUCUACCGUCAUCAUGCCUUCUACCAAAGGAAACCCCACCGACCCCAAGUUGCACGACAAGAUUACCGAAGAGAUCAAGCAACAGACCAACAAGGAUGGUAGCGGCGCUGGCCAGAUGGCAGCUUGGAAAGCGAGUAAGAUCGCCAAAGAGUACGAAGCUCAAGGUGGAGACUACGAUAACGAGUCGGGCAGCAAGAACGAGCCUAAAAAGGGAACGCCUCAGCACAAGUCGGAUUCCAAGAAAGCUAGCGAGAACAAGUCUACCGCUAGCAAGUCCACCAGCAAGAAGGCUGACGACAACGAGGAUGAAGAUGAGGAUGAGGACGAGGAUGACGAUGCCGAUUUCCAGGGCGACGACGACGAUGAGGAUGACGAGGUAGAGGCCCAGGAUGACGACGAUGAUGAUGACGAUGAAGACGAGGAGGACGAUAAGAAAGCUUCAAACUCCUCAAAGUCCAAGUCCAAGUCAACGGCUGGCAAGCGAAAGAGGACGGACGAGCCAAAGCCCAGCUCGAAGAAGGCGGAUAAGCCGGCGCCUGCUAAAAAGUCUGUCUCCCAUGUCUCGUCUCAAACCGCGAUCGAAAUCUGAUCGUCUCUGGGAUGCACGUGAUUCAGAACCAAGAAGGCCGAUGAUGACGAGGAUGAAGAUGUGGAUGAUGACGAGGAUGAGGACGACGAAGAGUACGACGACGAGGUUGCAGAUGAUGAUGAAGAGGAGGCUGUCGCUUCGGACGAGGACGACGAGUGAGAGUCGCCUCAGCGAUGCAGUGCAGUCACGUCGGAAGAUGAUGGAUGCUGCAAAAGUAUGUACGUCUAGAUGAAUCGGUUGUAACAAUCCAAAUCAAGUAAAGAAAGGAAUAAUGCAAAGUGACC